UUUUUUGUAACAACGGCACGGUCAAACACGUAACGACGUGAACAGAAAAAUCUACAGAACGCGCGACGUCAUCACGCAAAAGAGAUGAGAGAGAGAGAGAGAGAGAGAGAGGCGCUAGAUCAGGUCAUCGGGAGAUCGGAAGCGUGAGUGCACUGCGAUCCGAGGAUUUCUUUCGGAAGCGUGAAUGGAGCAUGUGUAGAGGGCGCGACGUCAGCACGAGAGGGAGAGGGGGUGGACCAGAUCGUUGGGAGAUCGGAAGCGUUUGGUUUAACUGAUAGGUGUUGUCCUUUAGCUGCAGAUAUUUUCUUUUGAUGAAUGGAGUAAGAUAAAAUCUGGUUUGUACUUUGAAAAAUGAGUGUGGAGAAGCAGAAGAAGUUCCUCACAGUUGCACCUUUCAAGUGUGUCUGGCGUGAGGAGCUGAGGUUUAAAGAGGCUGGGCGUGGUUGUGUUGCCUUUGAAGCUUUUGCUCAAAAUGAUGUGACUUUGGUGUUCAGGGAGCAAGUGGGGAGCCAACACUAUCAUUACAAAAUGGAUAACAAUCCCAACUAUACCAUCAUUUUCGGUAGUCAUAGAAAUCGAAGGCUAAAGAUCGAAGCAAGUGGGAAGACUGUUGUAGACGUUGCUGGAGUGGGGUUAUGUUCAUCAGCAUUUCAGAGCUAUUGGAUUAGCAUAUAUGAUGGGUUGAUUAGCAUUGGCAAAGGGAAGUAUCCUUUUCAGAACCUUGUCUUUGAAUGGCAUGAUUCAGAGCCUAAUUUUAAUGUGCAGUAUAUUGGUCUAAGCAGCUGGGAUAAGCAUGUUGGAUACAGAAAUAUCAGUAUCUUGCACAUGCCAUCACAUCACAAUGCCCUUUGGAGCCACAUAGACUAUAAAGAUUAUGAAGGAGAGGAUGAUGACGAUGAUGGGCUGGAGAAUGUGAAUGACAAUUUAGGAAAGUGGGGGCUUCUUAAUUUUUUGGAGAACUGGGAUCUAGCUGAUGUCUUAUUUGAAGUUGGUACAGAAAGAAAGGUUAUUCCUGCACACAAGGUGAUUUUGAGUUCUACUGGUGAUUUCUCCUUGGGAUCAACUGAUGAAAAUGUUAUAGAACUACCUUCAACAUCAUAUCCUGUUCUCCAUGCCUUUUUGGAAUUCAUAUAUAUUGGCCGGACUCAAAUUGUAGAAUGGCAACUUGGGCCACUACAGGAGUUGAGCUUACAAUUUAAAGUUAUAGCAUUGGUUAAGCAGUGCGAAGAAAUUAUGGAUUGUUUUAGGAAGAACAAAAAAUUGUUUGAUUCUGGUAAGAAAGUCGAAAUUAUCAAUCUGAGCUCCCAAGUUCGGCAAUUUGGUAUCUUUCCUUGCGAAGUACGUCUUGACGUGGGAAAGCUGAAGCAUUUUCUUGCUACUGGUGAGCAUAGUGAUAUAAAGAUACAUAUUGAAGAUCAUGGCCUUGUCGUGCAGUCGCACAAGCUCAUUCUUAGUCUAUGGAGUGCACCAUUUGCAAAGAUGUUCACGAAUGGGAUGGUUGAAAGCAGUUCUUCAGACAUAUAUUUAAAGGAUGUUCCUGCAGAAGCAUUUUGGGUUAUGAUACAGUUUAUGUACAGCGGAGUACUUGAAAUGGACAUCACAGAAAUGGGUCCUAUACUAAUUCCACUUCUUCUACUUGCUGACCAAUUUGGCGUUUUUUAUCUUCAGCGAGAAUGCUGCAAACGAGUUAUGGAAUGUCUUUCGGAGGAUAUAGUGUGUACCAUUUUACAAGCAGUUUCAUCAAUCCAAUCAUAUAAACUCCUUGAAGAAACAUGCAAGAGGAACUUUGCAAUGCACUUCGAUUAUUGUACAACUGCCAGCACUGAGUUUGUGUUGUUAGAUGAGGCGACCUUUAGGGAGAUUCUUCUGCAUGCUGAUAUGACUGUAACCUCAGAAGAGAAGGUUUUGGAUGCAAUAUUACUAUGGUGCAUGCAAGCCUGUAAAGUCUUUGGUUGGGCUACAGUGGAUGAUCUCCUUAUUUCUUCAACACCUGAACAAAUUUUUGGAGAGAGGUUUCAAUCAAUUUUCUUGCUGCUACCAUUUGUGCGAUUUCCAUUAAUGCCAUUAUUUUUGCUUGAGAAGCUAGAAGACAGCAGGCUUAGCAACCAGAUUCCCAUGUUUGGAGACUUGGUGAAGGAAGCCAUUCAAUAUUCUGGUGGAAUCAAGAUGCCAGAAGUCAGUCAGAAUAUAAGAUUUCAGCACAGACAUUCUAGUUACAAGGAGCUCCAAUACAUAUGUGAUGGUGACAAAAAUGGAGUAAUAUAUUUUGCUGGGACAUCAUAUGGGGAACAUGCAUGGGUAAAUCCUGUUCUAUCCAAGAAAAUCACUCUGACAGCCAGCAGCCCUGCUUCUAGGUACACAGACUCAAAGGCACUGGUAUCAAGGACAUACCAGGCCACCUCCUUUGCUGGACCCCGGAUUGAAGAUGGCCAUAGUUCUGCAUGGUGGAUGGUUGACAUUGGACAUGAUCACCAGCUGAUGUGCAAUUAUUACACCUUGAGGCAGGAUGGCUCCUCAACAUACAUAAGAUCCUGGGCUUUUCAGGGAUCUGUGGAUGGCAAAAAUUGGACUAAUCUGAGAGUUCACAACGAUGACCAGACAAUUUGUAGGUCUGGCCAGUUCGCAUCAUGGCCUGUAAUUGGUCCUAUGGCGCUGCUUCCGUUUAGGAUUUUCCGAGUCAUUUUGACUGGUCCAGCAUCAGGUGAUGCCAACGUUUGGAACCUUUGUAUCUGCUUCAUUGAGCUCUAUGGCUACUUUAUCUAACUGAAGUGGAUUCUAGUGGCAAAAGCCAUUUUGUUGCUUGAUCAUACGAAGUCCAUCUGUGGUUGUACAUACAAACAGAACAGAAGAUGGAGAUGUUGGCUGCCUGAUAUGCUUAUCAGCUGUCAAAUUUUGUGUCAACUAAUUUGCUUAUCUUUCUGGAUGAUGAACGAUGGAAAUUUUUGCUCGGUUUAUGAUCUGUAAUUCCUACAUGUCCAGUAAACCGAUGUUCCUGAUGGGACUACAUGAUACUAAUCUAUUGUAUGACUAAUAUACCUGUAUCACAAAUGUAGUAGCUUUUAUUAAUUUGAUUAUUA